UCCUCUUCCCGUCUCAUAGUCAGCAAGCUAGGGUUUUACUAGGGUUUCCGUGGCUCCUCCUCCUCAGCUUCCUCGGAUACCUCAUAGUUUGUCUACACGACCCGAUCGCUCUCUACCGCUUCAAGAUGAGCAUGAGCUUUCCCAACAUCAGAGACCUCCUCGCAUCCUUCAGCCCCUCUUUGGACUUCUUCGCCAUCUCUUCCGGUGACGGUCGAAUUAAGAUAUGGGACACCAUAAAGGGUCAGUUGCAGACCGAGUUUUCCGAUAUUGCACCGUCUGAUGCUUCGAGCUUGCUGUCGCAGCGGAAAAGCGGGCACCUUUCUCUCGACUAUACUUGCAUGAAAUGGGUUCAACUAGAAAAAAAGAGGAAAAAAAAACCAGGAAAUUCUAUUUUGGUCUUGGGAACGGGCAAUGGUGAUGUUCUGGCACUGGAUGUUUCUGCUGGUCAGUUGAGGUGGAAAGUCAGCGACUGUCAUCCUGGGGGUGUUACCGCUGUUUCUUAUUCCAUGCUUCGUCGAUAUGUAUACACAACAGGUGUUGAUGGUAUGGUUUGCCAGAUUGAUACAUCAACAGGGAGCACACUAGGCAGAUUUAGAGCAUUUACAAAACCAAUAUCUUCUGUGUCAGUUUCUGCUGAUGGUAAAAUAUUGGCCACUGCUGCUGGUCAGUUGAAAACUUUCAAUUGCUCAGAUAACAAAAAGAUACAGAAGUUUCCUGGACAUCCGGUGGCUGUUCGAUGCAUGAUUUUCAGUGAAGAUGGCCAAUACAUUGUGACAUCUGGAGUUGGUGAGAGACAUGUUGCCAUAUGGAAAGUGGGCGGUGGUAAAAAGCAAUCUGCCAUCUGUAUCCUCUCAAUGGAUCAUCCAGCCAUUUUUCUUGAUUGCAAAAAGUUAGAUAAUGAUGGCAAGGAUGGAGAGGGACUAUCUGUUUUGGCCAUCUCAGAAAUGGGUGUCUGUUAUUUUUGGUACGGAAGUAGCAUUGAGGAAUUGGGCAAUUGUCAACCUACAAGAAUCUCAGUUUUUCUGGAGUCAAAAAAGAAAUUUGAUGUGGCAAUAUAUUCUGCAAAACUUCUAGAUGUACCCAAACCUGCUUCUGGGCAAGUAUUUGUUGCUUAUGGUUCACUGGUAAAGCCAUCAUUUCAGAAACUCUUGGUACAGUAUGGUGUUGACAUAAAAUUAGGUGACUUCAAAGGCGGUGUUCUUAUACCAAUUGACAGUUUUUCGAUCUCUCAGAAAGGACAAACUAUGGACAUGAAAGCAGAAACUGUGACUGCACUUGAUCGAGCAAAUGCAGAAGAUGCUAUUCUUCCAGUUCCGAAACUAUAUGCACAGGAUAAGAAAAGAAAGCACAAUGUGACAAAAUUGAUUACAGAUAUCAAGAAUGUGGAGGUCGAUCCAAUUAUCAAUAAGAACAAGGCUCGGUCUGCACAUAGAAAAGUGGUUCUGCAAAGAAUGGAAGACGAUGGUACUAUAUGCAUAGAGGAUAGACUAAAGGCAUUGGGGAUUGUCACCGAAAAGGUUGAUCUCAGGACAAAAGAUCAUGCCAGUAGUCCUACUAAUACUGUUCUGGAUAUAUAUAGUGGGGGGAAAAUAUCAGUUGAUGUAAAUAUGCCUCCUAAGAAGAUAAGGGCGCAUAUCUUAUCCAUGAGCUCCAUUGAUGCUUGCAAAUCUCUGGAAGUCCUCAUAUCUGCUUUGAAAAAAAGUUCAGUCAGUUCCAAGCAUAUUUUUCCGUGGAUAUAUUACAUUCUAGUCAACCAUGGUCAAUUUAUCAUAUCUCAAGAUUCAUCAGUCCAAAUGCUUGACGGUCUACACAAGAUGAUAAAAUUGAAAUGUGCGGCUAUCGAACCUUUAUUAAAGCUAUCUGGUAGAUUUCAACUGAUCAUGACACAGAUCGAUAAAGCUGCUGGAAUGAAAGCAUCCAUGGAUGAGCGUCAUGGUGAAGGUGACAAAAUGCUAGAUGAAGAUGAAGAUAAUGUUGAUGCCGAAGAAGACGAUGACGAAGAUGAAGAAAUCGAUGAAAUGGUGUACGGAGAAGACGAAAGCGGUAGUGAUGAGGAUGACCAGCAUCAGACAUGAACAGUAGCUGCGAAGUUUUUGUGCCUGAAUCUUUUAGAUCGGGCCACAUUUUUGUAUUCUUGUAUCUGAAUAGUGAGCAAUGAUUCUAAACUUUUGUAUCCUUGACAACUUACAAAGAAUUUGUUAUAAUUUAAUUGUGAUAUUUUUCAUGGCAAA